AUGUCUCAUCCGAUAAAUGAAUUAAAACGGCGUCUAGAAGAUGACUCAACGCCAUUACCUAAAAGACUUCGACUCGCCAAAAAUGUAGUAUUUUCCCAUCACUUUCCAACUUCACCUAAAGAAAGAGUGAUUGGUGAAUGGCUAGAAGCUUUAACUGGGAGUAAUAAGGUUACAAGUAAAGACUUAAAGGAUGUCUUAAGUUGGUUAAACAAUGUUGAUGAUUUUACUGUUGACCUAAAAUACAAACUGAUCAAGAUAGUAUCACAGUACCUUCACAAUACUAUUAUACAAGAUGAUGAUAUUCAAUUUAUUACGGCUUUUAUAGAAAACAGCAAAUUAUCUGCUCAAUUAUCAAUACAAAUUAAUGAUUAUCUUUCAAUUACCAUGACUCUACUCCAACAUUUAGCAACAGAAACAACAAGUGUUCUAUUAAUUAAUAAAUUAUUAGACAAUAUUGUAAGGUAUUAUAAAGAUUGUAAGAAAAAAUUUGAAUUUAUUGUCAAGUUUAUUGAAGAAGAAAACUUAGAGACAGUAUUUUCUUUUCUUAAUACAGAAAGUAAAGAAAAAGUGGUUGAUGUAUGUCAAAACAUCCUAUUUCCGAUAAACAAACGUACAUUUUAUGCUCGAUACCUGAACAACUUAAUUAGGAAAGAUGAUCUUACACAUCUUUUACAAGCAAAGAAUGAUAAUAUUGAAUCUGUUAUGAAAAUUAUAAAUGUAUUUAUUAAUUCAAAAGGAAACCAGCAAUUUUUAUGUGAUUUUAUUAAAAUAUUUGUGUGUUGCUUUAAAACAGAAAGUCAGCUAUUAUUUGCAUUUUAUAUUGUAGCAGUUAAUUGUUUAAAUGUAAAACAAGCUUACAUUAAAACAGCAACAAAAUUCAAACCAAUAUUGUUUGAAGGAAAUGAAGUAAAAAUAAAACGGAGUAUAUUUUUGAGUAUGUUAGAAGUUUUGCUGGAAAAUGAUGUUGACGUAAAUGUGCAUUUACGAGACACAUUAAAUGAACAGUCCAAGGAAACAAAGAAAACAUUUCUACUGUUUUUACAAGAUGUUAUUUUAGCAACAAUAAAGGAACGAAAGCCAGAUAAAGCUACAUUAAAUAUUAUAAAGAUAGCACUAAAAUUGGAUCCAACCUUAGUAGAUAAGACAAUGUUCCAGAUUUUACCACAGAUUAUGGUUGCCAAAAAAAGCUCAAGUCUACAAGACACAUAUGUGGAAACAAUGAAUAUAUUACUGCAAACAUUAUUCAAACUUAGCAAAGGAAUUAAUUUCGUUCAUAACAUGUUACCACAUUUAAAGACACAUUUAGAAAAUGUUGAUGAAGACCAAGAAAAUUUUAAAGAAAAAUUAAAUGAAUCGAUAAUGAGUAAUUCUGAUAGUGAUAAGUUUAAAAGUAAAAUUGUAACUUGCUUUGAUAUAUUGCCUGAAAAUUGCCUGGAGCUAUAUGGAAAAUUAACAUCGGAAUUAAUGUUUAGGCAAAAUAAGGACUUGUUACUCUUGUUGAAAAAAGACUUAGAGGAUUGUUUAAGUUCACUUGAAGAAAAUGCUUGUCCAUCGGUACUAACGCUAACUGAAUUGCUGGCGGCCAUUUUGUCGACUGUUCUGCGGCACAACAAGAUGGCGGACCACACUGUCCCUCUGCCGAUAAGUGAAGAUUACUGGGCCAGUUACCACAAUUUCGAAAUGCAAUGUCUGACGAAAUUUGGCAAGUGCCUAUUGAAAUUGGAUUAUAAUUCGCUGCUUCUAAAAUCUUUUCUACAUAUCUGCGUAAGCUUGGCGCAGUUAAAAAUAUUAAACUUGAAAUAUAGUAAUGUCAAACUGGAGUUCCCACAAAAUCAAGAUGGCGAAGUUUUUGAUUUAACUUUAAUAUUGCCAUGUUUAAAUGCGGAACAAUGGGAACAAAUCGCAAGCAAAGUUGACGAUGAAAACGCACCGUUAUUCAAUAAUUUACUGCUCAUAAAGACAAUGGCUAUUUAUCUAACAACAUCAAAUGAUAAAGAGAUAAUAAUUGAUACAAAAACACAUUUAAUUAAGCAACUCUCUGUUAGCUGUAAAACAUUUGACAGUUAUUAUUUUGAAGCUCUCUUCGCAAACUUAGAUAAAAACCAAAACAAACAAGUAGCGAAGUCCCUAGUUAAAAUAUAUGCUGUUGAUUCAGACGCGUCCAUUUUUCAUUGUGAAAGUGUUGCCAAAAAUAAAAAUUUAUUGACAGCUUUGACAUUUGAAGUACUGAAAAAUGUUGCCAAAAACUUCGAAAAUGCGUCUUCGCUUAGCAAAGGUCUAGGAAAGGACUUUGACAUUGAGACAUUCCUUAAAGAUGUAGAUGUUAAAGAAUAUUUUGACAAUUUAUCUGUAGGAGACAGUGAUGAAAUAACAAAAUACUUGGAAGUACUGAAGAAUUUACAGAUUUAUUAUCUUGAUGAAAAUUGUCAAUUGACAACCAUCUUCAUUCUCUUGACUUGCAAAAAGGGUUGCAACUCGAAAAAAAUUAAACGCACCAUAGACAAUAUACAACAAAGCAUUUUUGAAUUAACGCCGAAGACUCCAGAUAUUUUUAAAAUAUUUCCCGUUCCCUACCUAUUUGACUUUGAUAAUGGUAUUUUAAAAUUAUUUAAAUUGCACGCUAAAACUGCAAAUCACGUGUUGGUUGUGAAAAACAUUUUGGAAUUCGCGACGAGACAAGUAAAAAAAGAUCCAGAAGUUAUAAAAACACUUGUAAAACAAUUGUUAAAACAUUAUAAAAAGAAAGAAAUUCGGAGCAUCGAUGAUUUUAGCGAAGAAGUAUUUCAAAUCAUAUGCAUAGUGUUGCCAUUAAUUUCUAAAGAAAGAAAAAAUAGUGCAACCAGUGUGCCGAAAUCAAUAUUGACAGGUUUGCAAGAAGAUUUAAAUCAAGCAAUGCUAGAUUCGUUUAAAAGUGUCGAUUUUGGAAAAGAUAUACUAAAUACCAGCAACGCAGAUGCGAGCGUUAUAUCGGAGAAUGGUAUGGCAAUACUAAACGCUAUGGGAGCAUACACUCUUAUUUUGACAAAGUCGUGUGAAAGCAAUGAUGGAAAGGAUUUAAAAAGUAUGGAUUGUUUAUGGUCCGGUUUAGAGUUUUUUGUACAAAAUGCUUUACAUUUCGUUGAAAGUUCGGAAACAAAAAAUCUACAUGUCGGCACCUCUAUAAACUUAUUGACAAUCGUCUUGCGAUACAUCAAAAAGUUGGAAUUACAUGACAUUUUUAAAGACAAGGACAAGCUAUUUUUGCAAAUAUGGCGCGCUGUCAAGACUCGCUUGUUUAUGGCGUUUGACCAUAGACAGAAGAAAAAUGACAGCUGUUUGGAAGAGUUAACUGCCACUUUGAAGUAUCUAUCGGAGUUGUCAUCUGUUGAAGUGUUUGCUAAUCAUUUUGUACCCGAUCUAAAUACACUAACCAUUCUGAAGAAACCCACAAUUUUACUGAAAAAUGAGGAAAUAACAUCGACGCAAAUAAUAAGCCGGCGAGUUUUGAAGUAUCUAUGUUUAAAUAUUUUAAAUUCGUACAUUACUGAAGCGAAAUGUGUUGCCUUCAGUAAACUAAUAUUUAGAUCGACAAAAAAUUUACGUUUUUGGAUACAGCAACACUAUGAGGGGGAAGUUCAUACUGGCAAUGAGGUUCACGUUGUCAAAAUCGAAGAUUCAAUUUGUGAAUUGUUGAAAUUUGAUCUAGAUGUUCUGUCCGAAGUUAUUUUAGCUGCGAAGAAGAUAAACCUUGAGUACAAAUUCAUUGACGCCAUCUUUGAACUACAACAGCUGAUAUUUUACCUCCUUGGACGUAAUUCCAUAGACACAAGAUGUGAAAUUAGUUGGCGGUCAUUUUUCAUGCUCUUUGAAGGCAGUGUUGCCAUCUUAAAUAGCAUGAUAUUGUCUAGAGAUGAACUUUUGGAAGAUAGGUGGCCAUGUUUAAUGCAAUGCUACAAGGCCCUGGUACUUUGUAUGUGUGAGCGUUCAACAAAUGAUUUUGACAUUGACAGGAACACAGAACAUAAAUUAGCUGAAAUAGCGCAUUCUAUUGAGAAAUUAACACAGUCAAUAACGAAACGAAAGAGCCACGUAUCCCGAAUCGCAGCGUAUGCCGUAGCCGAUUUUUGUUUCUGUCUAGAAAAAUCUCCUCCACCAAAAAUGAUACGGCAACAUUUAGAAAACUCAAUAGUUCUUCUAAUACAAGUCUCUGAUUCAAAUUACGCCAUGUCGUUCCUGAGACGGGGCUUGGCAGGGGCAAUUGGGCAGAUGACAUUGACAAACAUGUACUCUAUGUACAAAAGAUACCAUAAAUAUGUUGGAAAUGCUUGA